AUGGAGUCUCAUGUUUUUGAAUGAUUAACUCAAGAUUACCUUUUUUUAAAUAAUUCAGCCGUUUCCAGUAAAUUUUUUUUCAGUGGAAGGUUUAUAUUAAUAUUGAAGAUUUGAACAGAAGAAAAAUUGCUGGAAGUAGAAAAAAAUGACAAUCUUUAUGGAUUUUAAAAAUUUUUUUUCGUAUAAUAUUAAGGAUAAAGAUAAUUUUCUAUGCCCUAUUUCUCAUACGCUUCUAAAAAAACUAUGAUUGGAAGUUUGUUUUUUUGAACUUCUAAUAUUUUUUUCUGUUUGAAAUAUUUGGUCGGAGAGAGCUGAUUUGUGAAAUUUUCCAAUCUCUUUUGAACUUUUUUUCUUUUCCAAAUCCUCAUGAAUUUGCUCAGGUUUUCGUUGAUACCGACGCGGAUUUGCGUCUGGCUCGACGGUUAAAUCGGGACAUCAACGAAAGGGCCAGGGAACUCGAUGGAGUCCUCGAACAGUACUUCAAAUUCGUCAAAGUAGCUUCGAAUUCGAAGAAAAAGAAAAUUAUGCUUGGUUUUUAGCCGGCUUUCGAUUUGUACAUCGCUCCGGGGAUGAAAGACGCGGAUAUCAUUGUGCCGCGAGGCGGUGACAACGACGUCGCCAUCAAUUUGAUCGUCAAGAAAGUCAUGGCCCAGCUUCUUGAACGAGGUUUUUAAUUGAAGAAAAAUUAUGAAAAUUAUGAGAAAAAAAAUUUUUGGAUGGUUUUUAAUAUGAUUCAGUGUAGCAAAUUGUCUUAAAAAGGGUUUUUUUUUGUAGAGUUUUAAGGACACAUGUCAGUUUUUCAUUCAGAAUUCAUUUCAUUUUUUUCAUUUCAAAUGUUUAUUCGCCAUUCCGCAAUCUGCACGACAAUACAAAACAUAAAACAAUCAAAUAAAUAUUGGAAUUUUCGAAAAAAAUUUUUGCGAAAAAAAUGUCAGAUUUUUCAACCUGAAUUCGAUGAUCAACCAACGGAAUAGUUCUUUGAUUUUUUUCCAACAAAUUUAAAAUUUAGGCCUUUUUUUUAAGUUUGAGAAGACCAAUUUUAUUUAUUUAUUUUUGAAUUUGAGGCGAAUAUUUUCAGCUUUUUUUGGAGAAUGGUAUAAUUUUUUUGGGCUGAAAAGCUUCUUAAAGGCUUUUAUAGAAGAAUUCCCAAUAAAAAUCAUCUUUUUAUGGCGUGUUCAUCGGGCAAAACGAAAAUUGUUUCGAAAAGCAAAAAAUUGCUCCAAAAAAAAAAAAUAAGUACUGGGGCGCGCCGAUGAAUACGAUUUUUCAUUUUGAAGCAUUUUCCGUUUCUCCGAUGGAAACUCCAUUAGUUUUGGAAAGUUAAUUGAAAAUGCCUUGUCAGAUCUUAAAAUUUCGCAGUUUUGAAUAAAACUCUACGCUGAGAUGUGCACAAAAAUGAUAGCUUGUUGCACGUUUUGCUAUACUUUCUCAAGAAAAUAUUUUUUGAAGAAAUUAUGGGAGAAUCAUUUUUUCCAGGCUAUGACCGGAAUCAGAACCACGUCCGUGAGCGACCCGAGCCGAUCGAACGGCUCACUUUCCCCGAUUGCCUUCCUGAUAACUUGAUUAUUAUUCGAGACACGCCACAAGUCAAGGGACUUCAUACUUAUAUACGCAGUCGGGAUACCAACAGGUGAGGAGGCGAGAGAUCAACAGCAACUGAAGAGACGGCAGAGAAAGGGGGAACGUUUACCUGUCUGGCCUCUCUUCAGGGUGAUGAUGAUCUCUAACGCCACUCAGAUUCUCCUUAAUGAUGCAAAUGUUGUCUAGAAAAAUUAAUGUUCCGAAUAUUUGAAAAUAUGAAUAUAACUGAUUCACUACUAGCUUGGGACGCUAAAGGGCCUUGAUCUCUCUGCACUCUCCACCAUCCAGGCGCUAUCUCGUGCAUUAUCGUGUCAGGACCCUUUUUUUCGAUGGCUGAAGCCAGCCGUGAAUCAGCUGUAGUAAGCGAGAGUUCAACAGCGACUGGAGAGACGUUAGAGAAAUCAGAAAAAUUUUCCGUUCCUCUAGCCUUUCUUAAGGUAACUGGCCAGUUCUGGAAGCUAUAUUGAGCGGAAUUAAGUUACGUUACCCCAAAAAUGGCCCCUAACUUGGCGAAUCCUAUCAGAGAUCACUAGGUUGACCACUUAAGAUUUAUGUGUGCAAAUAAAUAAUCAAUUUUUCACUGUGGUAUGCCUAAAUAUGCAUUCUAGAAGCUAGAAGAAGCAAAAAUAAAUCGCUUUUUCCUAAAAAUGGCCAAUAACUGCAAAUUCCCCGAGGGAUCACUAAGUUAUGAGCCUCAAGUGACCACUUAAAUUUUUUCGAGGACAACUGUAAAUUCAAUCUUCCCGUGUACUCCAGCUGACUAUGCGUGUAUUUUUCCAGAGACGAGUUCAUUUUCUACUCGGAACGUCUCUCGAGAAUCCUCUUCGAAGAGGCCAUGAACCAUAUGCCCUACCAGGCCGUCGACAUUGAGCUCGUCAACGGCUGCAAGUAACGAAAUGCAGUUGUUGAACAUGUUUGGCAAGCUGGUUGUAUCAGAUCGACGGGAAUCCGGAAGGCGGCGAGCAUCUGCGGCGUAGCCAUCAUGCGUGCUGGCGAAACCAUGGAGAACUCGUUGCGGAACAUCGUCAAGGACUGCAAGGUACCGUUUUAUAAUUGAAAUGGGGAUAGGUUCAUUAACUGCGAUCCGUAAAAAAUAAUGAUGUGAUCAUUUAAGAGAAGAGUCCAGUUUUAAGCCUUUGAAAUGAAGAUUUGGGAGAAAAAGGUAGAGAAAUUAGGGCUUUUGAGAACUAGAAAAAAAUAAUUUUGAAAUUUUUUUGAGAAGAAUAAAAAAAUAAUUUUCGCCUAUUUUGGCCGGAUUUCCGAAUUUUCGUCAAUGGUGUACAUGAAACGAAUUAAAUAAGUACCUUUUUUUGAAUCAUUUUUUUAGUUAUUAUUUUUUUAAACCAUCAGAUUGGACCGAGAUAAAUAAGCUGUUUUUUUGAAUGUUUAAUCCCUAUCUGGUCGUUAAAAAAAUAACAUUUUCUCAUGUAAAAAAAUUCAAAGAAUAAAAAGUAUGAUGGUAAAUUGGCCUUGAGUUAGCCAAGAACUCGAGCUUAAUGAUACCUUUUUUUGUUCGAGAAAGUUCGAAAAAAAUAAAAAAAUUUUUUUGCUUUUUUUAUGACAAUUAGUAUUUGGGAUAGCUCCACAUUUUAUUGUUUCCCCUAUUUUUAGUGAAAUUUUCGGCUUUUACCGUUUUUGAGGUUUUUUUUCAUAGAAAAUCCCAUGUUUGAAUAUUUUUCAUUCAGUUUUGUAUACGAGAGAACUUUCUGUUCGAAAUACGCAACAUCAUGAAUUUUCGAAUCACUAAGUUUGAAUUGUUUGAAAAUUGAUUUUCAGAUGGGCAAAAUUUUGAUCCAAACCAAUGAGACGACGCUUGACCCUGAAUUGCACUAUCUUCGCCUUCCUGUCGAUAUCCACGACUAUAAGGUCAUUCUGAUGGACGCCACUGUUGCCACAGGUUCAUUUCCAUUUUUAUUCUAUAUCUUUCAAAUAAUUGAAUUUUCUCAUAAUUUUUCAAAAGAACUAAUUUGAAGGAAACGCGGCGAUGAUGGCGAUCCGUAUAUUGUUGGACCACGACGUGACGGAGGAAAAUAUUUACCUGUGCUCUUUGGUGAUGAGCGAACAGGGAGCACAUUCCCUGGCCUACGCCUUCCCCAAGGUGCUUUUUUAAUGGAUUUAUUGGAAGGGAAACUUUUAUAGAAAAUCGGGCUAUCGACAGGUUAUUGAAAAAAAGAAAACCCAAAAAAUUGAUAAUCUCAUGAAAAAAAAAAUCAAAUCUUUUUUCAAAAUUUUAUCCAUCAAGUUUUGCAUUUUUAGAAGGCUUUGAGGGAGGAUUAGAAAAAAAAAAAAAUGAGAAAUCGGUUUUUUGGGGAUUUUCACGUCUACAAAUUUUGAGUAAAAACGGAAAUUUUCAAUAUUUCAGACAUUAUGGACUGAACUAUUCUUGAUAAUGUGAAUUGUGAUAGAAUAAGAAGCCAAAUUGAAUUAUUAGGGUGAAAUUAUUUUAAUCAUAAGAUUUUUAGGUUUUUGAGCACGAUUAAAAAGAAAAAAAUUCCUUCUGAUUUUUUUAGAGGAAAAAUUUAUAAGAAAGCCCAAAAAAACUUCUUUUUGAGCUCGAAAAUAGUGUCAAAAAGUUUCUUAGAAUCUACUUCCCCCCCCCCCUUUUUUUUAAAGACUUCUUUGAAACUUUCUAAACUUUUUUUUCUGGCUCUCACGUUCCUAACACUUUUAACCUUUUUAAAAAAUGGUGAAGUAAACUUCUAAUAAUUAUCCAGGAAAAGGCGCUAAUAUGGUCUCAAAGACCUUUUCAGAAAAAUUUUUGGAGUUCCCCGAUGUAGGACAAUUUCAGAGGAAGCUUAAUUCUUCUACAGUACUCAAAAACUCGAAAAAGUAUCCGACUUUCCUUUUUAAAAAUAAUUUUUUUUGAAGGUGAAACUGAUCACGACGGCGAUGGACGAGCUCUCGCACGACUUCUUUCUGAAACCGGGAAUGGGAAAUUUCGGCGACCGCUACUACGGAACUUGCACCGAUUUGACUUUUGAAGAGCCUCUCGAAGUCUAA